AUGUCAUCGCUGGUGAAGGAGGACUUGGAGAAGAAGCUGUUUAAGCCACUCUCACAGAAUCUGUACGAGUUCAUCGAAAUCGAGUUCUCAGACCAGGACAGGUACUACCUCUGCGUGUCAGUGACAAAAAAUAAAGAAGUCAAAAUAAUUAUAGUGAAGCACUACCGAAUAGGUUUAGAUGAAAAAUACGAAGUAACGAAAAAAUGGUCUUUGAAUGAUCUGCGGAUGAUUGAUGGCAAGGAAGCAGAUACUGACAAUCCAUUUUUUGAUCUGCACUUCAAGAAAGUGUACAGGUUGGAAGCUUAUAGUUGUGCUUCGAAAUACGCCUUUGCUCGAACUGUCAACAGGCUGAACCACACGUAUCUCAGGAAGGACUUACAGCUUGUAAACUUUGAUCCUACCUAUAUAAAUGACGAUUGCGUUUGGUCCUCCAACAACAAGGACUGCUUGGUCCUCCUGAGAAUAUGUUUCUAUGCUUCCAAUCUCUUGUGCUUGUCCCUGUGUCCUCUGCCCAUCUGAAGACGUGCACACACCAUGGUCUUCAUCAGCUGUCCUCUAGCACAGUGGUCCCCAGCUGCCUCUUACUAGCAAACAUUUUGUUUCUUCACAGCAUCAAUGAUUGUGAUCUUUAUGAAGUGCAGUGAACUGUGUCUUAAUGUAGCCAUUCGAUAUUUGAAAUGUGUUGCCAGUGUGUUUCUUAGCAACUUGGAAAGGAGCUGGAUAGUUUUGAAUAAUUAGUAUU